AUGGCCGAUAAAGAACCUCCAGAGCCAGAGCCUUUGAAAAAUGGCAUCACGUAUACCCGAGACUUUGAGGUCACGGAGAUGAGCGACCUGGCCGUGGACAAGUCAAGAACCCAGUUCACCAGCACCGCUUCGUACUCCGUUUCGACGAUUCCCCGUGCUGCCAAACCCUCGGGGAAACAGUCCUUCGGCCGUCAAUGGGUUAAUAGCUUCCGCCGUGUCCCUGGAAUGCCCAUGACAGAACAUCGUGGCUACCAACUCAACGACGGGAUGCCUGACACAGCCCACAAGGGUGAUCACUUUUAUGACCUGCGUGCUGCGAAUGCGAGGACAGCCAAUUCUGCACUCGUGCGAGACUUGAAAGGCCGCCACUUGCAAAUGAUCGCCAUCGGAGGCUCGAUUGGUACUGGUCUAUUCGUGGCGUCUGGACUGGCGUUGUACCAGAGCGGCCCUGUCUCUACGAUCCUCGCAUAUAUCUUGACUGGUGCUUUCCAAUUGUGUACUAUGCAAAGUCUAGGAGAGUUGGUAGUUGUUUUCCCAGUUGCUGGUUCUUUUUCUGCCUUCUCAACUCGUUUUCUGGAUCCAUCGUGGGGCUUCGCCAUGGGGUGGAAUUACGCGUUGCAAUGGCUAUUCGUUAUGCCGAUUGAGAUUAUUGCUGGCGCUUUAACCAUUCGGUAUUGGAACCAGACACUUGACUCGGCACUCUUCGUCACCAUAUUCCUUUUGACAGUCGUCAUGAUAAACUUGAUGGGUGUUAAGGGAUACGGCGAAGCUGAGUUCCUCUUCUCUACUAUCAAGGUCACUGCCAUUAUCGGCUUUAUUCUAAUCACUAUCGUUAUAAACAUUGGUGGGGCACCUCAUGAGGGAUAUAUUGGCGGCAAAUAUUGGCAUAAUCCAGGCCCGACAAACAACGGCUUCAAAGGAUUUUGCAACGCCUUGUCGACCUCGGCAUUCUCUUUUGCCGGAACCGAACUGGUUGGCCUCGCGGCAGCAGAGACUGCAAACCCAAAGAAGUCAAUCCCAAGUGCCAUGAAACAAGUUUUCUGGAGAAUAGCUCUCUUCUACAUCGUUACAUUGCUCCUCGUCAGUUUACUGGUUCCCUAUAAUGACCCACGCCUGCUGGGUGGACCAAGCGCGGUCGGCGUCUCGGUCAGCCCGUUCGUUCUUGCCGUUGAGAACGCUGGUAAAACAAUCCUGCCCAGCGUCAUGAAUGCUGUCAUUCUAGUCGCAGUACUGAGUGUCGGUAACUCUGCCAUAUUCGGUUCAUCACGAACCCUCGCUGCCCUAGCUGAACAGUCCCAUGCACCCAAGAUAUUUUCGUAUAUCGACCGUAAGGGUCGACCUUUAGUAGCCAUCAUGUUUGCCGCAGCCAUUGGGUUACUUUCUUACCUCGCUAGCGUCAAGAUACACAGUGAGAUAUUUGACUGGCUUCUUGCAGUUUGCGCACUGUCCAGCAUCUUUACUUGGGGAAGCAUUUGCCUGUGUCAUAUUCGAUUUCGAAGAGCGUGGGCUACUGCUGGCCAAACUCUCGACCAACUCCCCUUCAGAUCUCAAGUCGGCGUUAUUGGUUCAUACGUUGGGUUGAUCGGCAACGGACUAGUCCUGGUUUCACAAGUAUGGAUGGGUAUUUCUCCGGUUCAAACAAGUGACGUUGACUCUACAUCAGCAGAAGCUGCAAAGAACUUCUUUUUGAAAGUCAUGACUGUGCCUAUAGUCUUAAUCUUUUAUGCUGGGCACAAGAUAUGGUUCAGAACGCGCAUUCUCAGCAUUCGAGCUAUAGACAUUGAUACAGGCAACAUGAGUUUCUCCAGGACAGAAGCUACUGCGGCACGAGAGAAAGAGAAAGAGGCACGCAAAAGAUGGCUAAUAUGGAAGAGAGUAUACAGGACACUAUGUUAG